AUGCCCGUAAAACAUCUUCGAAACAGCACGAUCUCCCCAGCCAUCCUUCCUCCUGUCCGUAGCACACACCACACUCAUGCCAUCCCACCAAUCACGAACGCGCAAAACAACGGUAAGCUCACAUACUUCUGCAUACAUUCCGCCACUGACGCCCGCAGACUAUCUCGCUACCUGACCCUCCGCGAAGCCGCGACGAGCAAGGUCAUGAUCACCAUUCCCGACAGCCAGUCACGUAGUAAUAUUUUCGAAGCCGCCAAGCUCGUUGCACUGUCCGCCUGCAUCAUGGACGUCGAAGACCCAGUGUAUGCCGAAAAGCUCGCGCACGCCGCAUGGUCAGUUUUGUUCGUUCCAGGUAUGGUGUUCGAGUCAGGGAAGGAAGUCGAGCAGGUCUCGGCGAUCUUAGAUCUGGCAAAUGGGAUCUUGAGCAAGGGUAUUGAGGGUGAGGUCGAGCUCGACGACGGUGUGGGUGGUAAUCGAAGCGGAUGA